UAUUGUCUCGCGCUCUCCAACACUCUCCAAGACCAAACCCUAGAGCCCUUUUUCUCCCUUCCUCUGUCUUCAUCGUUCCCACCCUUCCUUCUCUUUCUCGUCUCUCAACACAAUCAACGUGGACCUCUAACUAUCAUUUAAUUUCAUAAAUUUUUUAUUUUUUUCAGAUUAGGAUGGAGCCAAUUGCAGUGGAUUCCAGUGAGAUUCCAGAAGUGUGUAGGAAAAAGGAUGGAGUGGGAUAAGGAGGUGGUUCAUGUGGCACGUGUGUUGUAUGGUUUACUCAAUGAGGGGCUGGGAUUGGUUGCGGAGAGGCUCACGAAGAUGGGUCUGGUGGAAGGAAGAGUUAUGGUGGGGCACUAUUAUUUUGACAGCUGGGAUAACCCUUGCAUUAUUUGGUGGUGUACGAAAGCAUCCUAUGGAUCAGAAUAAUGUUCCUGUCAGGGGAGAUAUUCAUGUCAUAAUUGUUGGUAAUCCUGGUCUAGGUAAGAGCCAGUUGCUACAAGCAGCAGCUGCUGUCUCUCCACGUGGUAUCUUUGUCUUUGGUAAUGCCACAACCAAAGAUGGCCUCACAGUAGCUGUAGUGAAGGAUUCCAUGACAAGUGACUAUGCUUUUGAGGCCGGUGCUAUGGUGCUGGCUGACAGUGGAUUGUGUUGUAUUGAUGAGUUAGAUAAAAUGUCAAUAGAGCAUCAGGAUUUGCUUAAGGCGAUGGAGCAACAGCGUGUUUCUAUUGCAAAGGCAGGAUUAGUAGCAAGUUUAUCAUCCAGGACUUUUGUCUUAGCAGCUGCAAACCCCGCUUGUGGUCACUAUAAGUAAUUUUCUAUUUUUUUAUUGUUCCCACAAUUUCCCUUUAAUGGGUCAUUCAUAUUUUGAUAUUUUGUCAGAUUUAUCAUGAUAAAAUAAUAUAUAAACACUAAUAAAUCAUAUAAAGUUCACUAAUAUCCAAUACAUUUCCAUUCUCUCUUUAAACGAUGUAGACGUUACUAAAAACAAAUCAAGCCUAACUCAGUUGAAAAAGCUAGUUAAGGAAGAAAACAUGGAACAUUUUUAUACAUCUACCUUAUGCUUAGGAUUAGAUAUAUAAUUUUCAUUUAUAUAUCUUGCAGACAAAUGAUGUUCAAGCUCCACUUUUUCCAUUAAUUGCAAGGUGUAAGCGGAAUGUAGAAUAUAGGUAUAAUAAAAUAAUGAGAAUGCCAACUACUAGUAGUACGUAAUUAGAACAAAAGUAUCAAAAUUAAAACGAAAAUAACUUUGAUGUUGUUAGUAUAUGAGUUUAAUUUUGAUACAGUGUAAAAAUUUAAAUUUUUAAUUAAUUAGAAACUAAUGAUUUGUGAAACAAUUACUGCAAAAGGUAUAGGAGAAUAUAUAUAAUUAAUUGCAAAUGUUAGUGUAUUUAAAUUAGAUUCUUAAUUAACAUAUUCAUAUUGUUAUUUUUUGUAUCUUUUUUAUUUAUUGAGACAGUGGAAUGAUAUGAUACCGCACUAUAUUUAUUGAGACAGUGAAAUCACCUAAGUAUUGAGAUUCUUUAAUUUGUAUAAAUUGUAUUCUAUUAUUUGCUAUCAAAAUAAAGCCAGUCAUGUAACAUAGCAGUGUUUCUUUGACAAAUUCUGCAAGUUAUUUGUAAAAAUCUCUAAUUAAUUAAUAUGGACAACAUAUUAUAUUAUAACAUUUAUAUUAGUUAUUUACAUUUAAAUGGGUUUAAUAUAAAGUGAUCUAUUUAAGCGAGCUCAUUAGACUGUCAGAAAAUUAAUAUGGGCUUAAUGAGCGAAAACCAAUUUGACCCAUUAGAGGAUAAUGAAAACCCUAAUAGGUUUAAAACCUAAGGAAUGGUUAUGGUCCCCAAUACACCAAAAUCAAUAAACAGUUUUUCCUCUCCCCAUCUGAAGAGAAAACGAAGGUCCCAUAAGGAAGAAGGUGAUUUGGUUGAGGAAGGUCAUUAAACCAAUUGUUUGUGACCAUUGUCAAAUUCCGUUGCGUGUUGAUCAAACUCUCUAUGGAUCCAGGUAUUCCUUAAAACCUCUUGAUAAUCUGGCGUAAUGUGUUUUGGUGCUCAUUUGAUAUUUUAUAAGGUUUGUUGGAAAUUCCCAACAAGUGGUAUUAGAACCACCAUUACUGUUAGAUUAUUGGGAUUUAAAGUUCUAUUUGAUAUGUAUUAUAUCUGGAUCCUUUUAGUUAUAUGAACCCUAAUUUUAUUUUGGGGAGAAAAAAUUUUGAUCAAUAAAAUUGUAAAACCCCUAAUUUUAUGUGUUAUGACCAUAAAGUUUUUCUCCUCUUUAGAAUUAAUAAAAGGCCUUUGCAUUUGAUUUACGGGGUUGUAUAAUUUUUUUUUGUUUGUGUCGCAUUUGCUGACAUAUUAUUCUAUUGGAGAUAAAGGUUCUACGUAUCUUGUGUUGGCAUUUAGUACGUGACACAAUUUCAUAAAUAUAUAUUUUUUUAUAUGAAUCAGUGAUAAGACAAUAGUCUUUUGUCUUAUAUGAAUAAUUUAUUAUUUUUUGGCCAACUAUUUAUUUUAUGAAAUGAUGAUAAACUGAUAAUUUAUGAUAUUCAUGUGAUUAGUAUAAAUUUGUGAUAGUACUGUGAUAUGUUUGUUUCGGGUGCGUAAUUAGUUUACCACGAUGUAGUUUUUUUCAAACAUUUACUGCGAUCACAAUUGGGUGCAAAUUUAACCAUUACAGAUCCUUUCCAUUUAUUUGCGUGUCCUGUAAUUUUAAUUAAAUUGAUUGAACCAUUAUGUUGCCAAAGUAACCUUUAUUGCGUAAAUUAAUUUAAUUAAAUUGCAUGGAUGUUAGUAUGAAAUUAUUUAUGUGAAUUGUGAUCGGCCCAAAGGAAGACACAAUUUGGUCAAAUAAUAACAUACCUGCGAUGAUAAAUAUGUGACAAUUAUAAAGUUUUUUUUGUGAAUAAUAGUUGGUACCAAGAAAGGUUAUUAUUUGACAGAACUAAUUGUCAAUAUUUGAUCAUUGCAUUGAGAGUACCAAUUACAAAUUAGUUUCUCUGUCCAAAGACUAGAAUUAAUGUUGUGUUGGGUAUCUUGUGAUGGAUCUAUUAUGGGAAAUAUUUGCAUGUCUUGUUAUAUAUAUACUUUAUAUGACUUGCUUGAUGAUUUGUGAACAUGUUAUUAUUUUUGUUCUCUGUGUAGUUAAUAUUACCAAUGCUGCAAAUGUUACUGCCAAAGUGAAUUCUAUCCCAAUGCUGAAUGGGACAAAUUUUAAGGUCUGGAAGGAAGCCGUAGAAAUUGUUCUUGGCUGUAUGGAUUUGGACUUGGCAUUGAGGACAGAACGACCCAUUUCCACUCCGGAAACCUCUAAUGAGGUAAAAAAUUGAGAAGUGGGAUCGGUCCAACCGAAUGUGCCUUAUGAUCAUGAAGCGCUAUAUUCCAGAGGCGUUUUGGGGCUCUAUUUCUGAGGGUCAAAGUGCAAAGAAAUUCCUUGAGGAAAUUGAGCAAUACUUUGCCAGAAAUUAAGAGGUGGAGACGAGUAACCUUUUGGCUAAACUCAUCUCCAUGAAGUAUAAAGGUAAAGGAAACAUAAGGGAGUACAUUAUAGAGAUGUCCAAUCUCGCAUCAAAACUCAAGUCACUUAAGUUAGAGCUUGGUGAAGACCUGCUCAUGUACUUGGUUUUGAUAUCACUUCCUGCACACUUUGGGCAAUUCAAAGUGAGCUAUAACACUUAGAAGGACAAAUGGUCCCUCAAUGAGCUUAUAUCUCAUUGUGUGCAAGAGGAGGAGAGCCUGUAGAGAGAUAGAACUGAAAGUGCUCACUUGAUUUCGACCUCUCAGAAUAAGAAAUGGAAGAAGACUAAGGGUGCUGCGUAAGGGACUUCUUAGCAAAAGAAACAAAAUAAGGAUGAGGAAUUUGCUUGUUACUUCUACAAGAAAUCGGGACACAUGAAGAAAGAGUGUCUCAAGUAUGCCGCAUGGCAUGUGAAGAAAGGGUUGCCUGUGGAGCCGACUACCAAGUGAUGAUGAAAGAUUCAUCUUUUUGGGUGAUGGCAAGAAGGUUGCAGUGGAAGCUAUUGGAACUUUUAGAUUAUAGUUAAAAACUGGAUUUUAUUUGGAUUUAUUUGAGACUUUUGUUGUACCAUCUUUUAGACGGAAUUUGAUUUGUAUUUCUAGUUUGGACAAAUUUGGAUUUUCUUGUUCAUUUGAAAAUAAUAAAGUUAGUCUCUACCACAAUUCAA